CCUACAAAUGUAUGAGCAUAUUGGCACUAAAAUUUGUUUCGAUCACUUUGCUUACUGCUAUAGCUCUAGCUCUUCAGUUGUCACCUUUUGUUUUCUCCUUGUCUUUCUCUGCGAUGUCGUGGUUGCUCCACUCUCUUCUCCUCUUCUCCUUGCCUGUCUGAUCGAUCGCCUCGCCACCGCCGCCGCCACCGCCGCCGUCGUCGUCGUCGUCGUCGUAUCGGCAUGGAGGUGUCCCACAUGGCCAACUGCAGCAACGUCUCCUCACCGGAGCAGCAGCCGAUGCCGCCGUCUUCGGCAGCGGCGUCGUCGCCGUCGCCGCCGCAGCUUGACUACGACGUGGUGGUGAUCCUGGCGGCGAUGCUGUGCGCGCUGGUGUGCGCGCUGGGGCUCAACUCGAUGCUCCAGUGCGUGGUGCGGUGCACCCGGCGCGCCGUGGCGGACCCCGUCGGCUGGGUGGAGCACCGCCGCGCCGGCGCGGGGCUCAAGCGCGAGGACGUCGUGGCGCUGCCCGUCGCCACGUACGUCGCCUCGCCGGCGCCCUCCGUCGCCGGCUGCGCCAUCUGCCUGUCGGACUUCGCCGACGGGGAGAGGGUCCGGCUGCUCCCGGCGUGCGGCCACCGGUUCCACGUCGUGUGCAUCGACAGGUGGCUCCUGGCGCACUGCUCCUGCCCGACGUGCCGCCGCCGCCCCUCGCCAGAGGCCGACGGCCACGGCGCCGUCGUCGGAGAAGACCACCACCAUCGCCUGCAAGUUUUGACUGCUGCUUAAUUGAUCGGCUAAACUUUUUUUACUAUAGAUUAUGAGCGUGACCUAUAUAUGCUCAUUAUCCGGUAAAUAACUUGUAUAAUGGCUGAUGAUUUUACUUCGCCAUCUUGAGUGAGUAGUUAUUAUUUUCGUCUAUCCAGGAAAAUCAUCCUGAAUGACAGUUGCUUUUAUGUAUGAGCAUCCCUUGUUAGUUGUUACUGCAUAAUAAUGCAAAGCUAAUCAUUAAAACUGG